CGGUUGGAUGUGUGCGCUUUACCGGACGCAGAAAAUACGCACUCCCAGCUGUUAUAAAAAAAAAAACUGCAUGUGUGUGUCUGCGCGCGCGUGUGUGUGUGUUAGUGUUACAGUCAUGUCUUUACACCUGAGCCGGGGCAUGUAGUUAACCGGGUUUCUGGGCGUGGGAAGGACUGUCUCACUUGUUUUGUCGCUGGGAAUAUUGUUGAGCCAAACUUCCAGCAGUGACUCUCUCCACCAACACACCUUCAUUUCUCUCCAGUUUGCGCUCGUGCACGGCGGGUUUUUCUCCCUCACAUCAGGAUGUAAAUUUGGGGAACUUUUUUUUUUUCAAUCCGACUGGUAUCAUAAAGGACGACUUUUUCUUCUUUUUCUUUUUUAAAUAUAUCCUCCUUUCCGUUUCGUAUCUUUUUGGGGAAUAUAGAAAGAAAACACGGAUUUCAGCACAGCAGCGACUACAGAGAGAGGAGAGCGAGGUGGUUCAUUUCAUCCGACUGCUACAGGGCCUGAACACUGAACAGAUUGCAUGUCUUGAAGAGAGAGAAGAGCAAGGAAAGAGAAAGAGGGAAUAGAAGAAACAGACACGAUGGAGCGGCGGUGGGCGUGGCCCUUCCUGGUUGCCCUGGUAACAGUUUAUAUGAGCCCAUCCCAAAGUAAAAAUGCAGAGUUCGUCUCCGACACUCUGAUCAACAACGUGGUGGCGGAUCCUCGUACGGGCCGGCUGUACGUCGGCGCCGUCAACACCCUCUUCCAGCUGAACGCUGACCUGGGGGUGGAGUCCCGCACCGAAACGGGCCCCAAACGGGACCACCGGCUGUGCACCCCGCCCGUCACCGACGCCUGCGAGGAAGCCGUGGACACCGACAAUCACAACAAGCUGCUCCUGGUCAACGGGGACAAAGACUUGCUGGUGGUGUGCGGCAGCGUCUUCAGAGGCAUCUGCUCGCUGAGGAACCUGAGCAAAGUGGAGGAGCUGAUCUACUUCAGCGACACCAAAGGAGAGAAGUCGUACGUGGCGAGCGCCGAGGAGAGCGUCUCCGUGGUGGGAGUGAUGUCGUUCUUCGAAAAGAAACACGGAAAAAACUUCACUGUGUUCCUGGUUGGUAAAGGAUACGGCAGCCAAGACAGCACCAAGCUGAUCUCCACCCGCAUCCUGGAGGAUUACGGCGACUGGGUCGUUUUCGACAACAUCAUCGAAGCCUCCGCCGUGCAGGCCAACCCGUUUGUCCUGCGCUACCUCCACGACUUCCGCUUCGCUUUCAAGGAUGACGGCUUCGUCUACUUCCUGUUCUCGCGGACGCUCGGCGUUCAGGACACCAAGAACUUUACCUUCAUCUCCAGGAUGUGCGAGGACGACCACGGUUAUUACUCCUACACCGAGCUGCAGCUCAACUGUAGCGCUACUAACAAGUACAACAAAGUUCAGGCUGCUUACGUAUCAACUCCAGGGGAGGUUUUGGCCCAGAGUAUGACCAACUCAAGCCAGUACGGACCAGUUAACGCCACGGACAAGGUGCUGUUUGUCACCUUCGCGUCUGAUGAAGAUCCAACCCAUUCAUCCAUGUGUAUGUAUCCUCUGAGCUCUAUAAACAAGGCACUCUCGAGGAUAAUAGGAGCGUGCUACAGCAACAACGGCUUUAUUAACCAGAAGACGGCCGUCUACAUGCCUUACUCCACCAAGUCUGAGGAUCUGUGCAUCAGCAAUAGUCAGGGUGACAUGAACAUGAGGUACAAGUGUGGAGCCGAGUUUCUGCCGUCGCCUCUUGCAAGCAAAGCAGAGUUUGCCUUAACCGCUGAGUCCCCGAUCGAACGCAAGGGUCUGAUGACCGCCGUUGCCGUGGCCGUGGAAAUGGGACAUGCUGUGGCGUUCCUGGGCUUCGCCAACGGAGAGGUGCAGAAGGUUCAUCUCUCCGCCAACCCGGAGUUUUACGGUCGGGCGACGGCCGAGGUGACGGGCGACAAAGUCAACAAGAAUCUGCUGUUCGAUUCCAGCCUCCAACAUCUGUACAUCACCACGGAGAAAAAGAUCACCAAGGUGCCGGUCCAGGCUUGCCACCUGAAGACAGACUGCCACUCCUGUGUCUCCAUGAAGGAUCCGUACUGUGGCUGGUGUGUCCUGGAGGGAAAGUGCACCAGGAAGCAGGAGUGCAGUCGCUCGUCGGAGGAGAACACCUGGCUGUGGUCGCCCAAUCAGAAGUGUGUUCAGAUCGUGGUAUUCGACCCGCCGAACAUCAGCUGCAAGAAGACACAGCAGGUUGACAUCUACAUUCCCAGCCUGCCCACACUGAGUCGGUCCGAUAAGAUGCAGUGUGUUUUCGGCUCUAUCACCAACACAGCCGUGAUCCCCUUCGACAGUACGAAGAAGAAGGUCACCUGUUCGCUGCCGAACCCCGUCGAAAUCCCACCGACCCCAGAUCAGCAAGACUUUGUGUCCGUCCCAGUCAGAGUUGUGGUUAACAACGUCAUCGAGGUGACAGCCGGAGAAUAUCACUUCUACAACUGCACCGCUACAGUCAGGAAGAACCAAAAUACACCGUGUAUAUCGUGUGUGACCAGUAAGUGGGGCUGCCAGUGGAACGCGAUGGAUCACAGCUGCAGCGACAAUGACGUCGCUGUAGUUGGAGCACACAUCGUCAAACCCAAGCAGUCUGACCGCUGUCCUCAGUUUGAGUCUCCGGAGCCGCUGUUGAUCCCAGUGGGCAAAGAGAUUCCCAUCAAGUUCCAGGGAAGAAACCUGGACUUCUACAGGGAUUACAAGUUUUCUAUCGGCGCUGAGCUGAUGAAGCACCCAGAGGAAGUGCUCACACUGCAGCAGGGGUCAAGGUUCAAAUUCAAUGGUCAUAAGUUUGCCUAUGACAAGCAGCAGGAGGUGAACGUAUCCUUCCAUAUUAAAGACCGAAACACCGAGAGGAAGAUUGACAGCACUCUGACAGUUGUGCUGUAUAACUGCUCGGUGGGAAGAGAAGACUGCAGUCUGUGUAAACACGCCGACGCCAAGUACGACUGUGUCUGGUGCCCCACCACACGCUCCUGUGUUUACCGGGAACUGUGCACGUCACCACAGCCGGCGCAGUGCCCCAACCCCGAAAUCACUGAUAUCAUCCCUCAUUUCGGCCCUCUCAACGGUCAGAUCUCCGUCACCAUUAAAGGCUCCAACAUGGGAAUAAAGCAUGAAGACAUCAAGAAGAUCACGGUGGCGGGAGUGGACUGUGUUCACCAGCAGGACAGAUACUCCGUCUCUACCAGUGUGGUGUGUGAGAUCGGUCCAGCGAAGCGAACGCCACCUUCAGACAUCCCUGUUGAUCCUCCACACAGCGGAGCGGUGGAGAUAGAAGUAGAAGGAGGGAGAAGAGGAAAAUCUAAAGUCUUUUUCACCUAUCGGGACCCCAACCCAACCUCGGUGCAGCCAGCGAAGGGUCCAGCAGCCGGAGGCACCAUCAUCACCAUCGGAGGAACGAAGCUGGACACGGCGACUAAAGAAGACGUGGCCGUUACUGUCGGAGGCGUCGCUUGUGAAGUCCUGUCGUUCGGACCCACAGAGAUCACCUGUAAGACGGGGAGGUAUCGGGGGCAGAAGGUGCCGUCCGAGUCUCUGACGGUGACGGUGAGCUACGGGAAAAACACCAACAAAGAAGUCCUGAAUGCGUACCAGUACUCUGACAACCCCAAGAUCAUAGAUUAUUACCCCAAAGCCAGCUUCGUAUGCGGUGGUCGGAGGAUUGUUGUGAUUGGAAACGGCUUCGACUUGAUCCAGAGAGCCACGAUGAAAGUCUGGCCCUCCGCUGACGAGUUUACACAAGACACCGCACCUGUAGAGUACAUUCAGGUGGCUCUGAGUAAGAAUGACACCGUCCUCCAGUUUGAUUCCCCUUCGGUGAACUACAGCGACAGCAAGUUGCUCAGGACGGCGCUCCAUCUGGACAACGUGAGGGAGGAGCUGAAGGGCUUCGACUACCAUCCCAACCCCACCUUCGACAAACUGUCCAAGAACGUCAUCACCGAGACGAGCAUCAUCAUCGUGACUGGUCGAGGUUUCUCCAAGGCGAUGACGGCCAAAGAGGCGCAGGCGUUUGUCGGAGACGCCUCCUGUCCUGUUAACAUACUUCAGGAUGAUAAGUUGAUCCUGGAGGCUCCGUCAUCGCAGCCCAGGGCCCGAUCCAAACGCCAGCGCAGAGACACGACCAACGACCUGCUGGAGCUAGUGGUUCAGUUUGGUAAUGGAGAGUGGACGGUGGGUUCAGUCUACUACGCCAGGAAAGAAGAUCUUCCUCUGGCUAUAAUCAUUCCUGCUGUUAUCGUACCGAUGCUGCUCUUCAUCGCUGCGUCCGUCUACUGCUACAGGAGGAAGAGUCAGCAGGCGGAGAGAGAGUACGAGAAGGUGAAACAUCAGCUGGAGAAUCUGGAGGAAAGUGUUCGAGAUCGCUGCAAGAAAGAGUUCACUGAUUUGAUGAUUGAAAUGGAAGACCACACCAACGACCUGAGCGAAGCCCGCAUCCCCUUCCUCGACUACAAAACUUACACCGACCGAAACUUCUUCCUGCCCUCCAAAGACGGCGCCGCCAACAAUGCCAUGAUCACGGGGAAAAUACAAAUCCCAGAAGCUCGCAAGGCCAUCGUGGCUCAGGCGCUCAACCAGUUCUCCAACUUGCUGAACAGUAAAACCUUUCUCAUCAAUUUCAUCCACACGUUGGAGAGUCGUCCGGACUUCAACGCCCGUACUCGUGGUUAUUUCGCCUCCUUGCUGACGGUGGCGCUGCACGGCAAACUGGAGUAUUACACCGACAUCACGAGGACACUGCUGCUCGAGCUGAUGGACGAACACGUGCAGAACAAAAACCCCAAACUCAUGCUGAGGAGGUCGGAGACGGUGGUGGAAAGGAUGCUCUGUAAUUGGAUGUCCAUCUGUCUCUAUCAGUUCCUCAGGGACACAGCAGGAGAACCUUUAUACAAACUGUUCAAAGCUUUGAAGCAUCAGGUGGAGAAAGGACCGGUGGACGCCAAGAUGAAGAAAGCCAAAUACACUCUGAACGAUACGGGACUGCUGGGAGACGACGUCGAAUACUCCGUCCUGACUCUGCAGGUUUUGGUGCACGGGGAAGGACCGGACGUGACUCCAGUUAAGGUGUUGAACUGUGACACCAUCUCUCAGGUAAAAGAGAAGAUCAUCGAUCAAGUGUACAGGAAUCUGCCGUACUCACAGAGGCCAAAGGUGGAGAGUGUUGCUCUGGAGUGGCGUCCAGGCUCCACCGGUCAGAUCCUGUCCGACCUCGACCUGACCUCCCAGAAAGAAGGACGCUGGAAGAGACUCAACACUUUAGCUCAUUACAAUGUUCGGGAUAACGCCACGUUGGUUCUGUCCAGAGUUUUACACACACAGGCGUUCCACCAGCACCAGGACAGCUAUGAAGAGAAAAACGCUCUGCUGGAAGACGACAACACCUUCCAUCUGGUGAGACCGGCGGACGACAUCGACGAGGGGAAGUCGAAGAGAGGCAGCAUGAAGGACAAGGCCAUGACCAAAGCCAUCACUGAGAUCUACCUGACCAGGCUGCUGUCUGUCAAGGGCACUUUGCAGCAGUUUGUGGACGAUUUCUUCCGCAGCGUCUUGUGCUCGAACGCCACCGUUCCUCCGGCCGUCAAAUACUUCUUUGACUUCCUGGACGAGCAGGCGCUGAGACACGACAACGUAGACGAGGAGACGCUCCACAUCUGGAAGACUAACAGUCUGCCUCUGCGGUACUGGGUGAACAUCCUGAGGAACCCCCACUUCAUCUUCGACGUCCACGUGACGGAGGUGGUGGACGCGUCGCUGCACGUCAUCUCUCAGACUUUCAUGGACGCCUGCACCAAGACGGAGCACAAACUCAGCAGGGAGUCUCCUAGCAACAAGCUGCUCUAUGCUAAAGAGAUUUCAACGUACAAGAAGAUGGUGGACGAUUAUUACAAAGGCAUCAGACAGAUGGUUCCAGUCAGUGACCAGGACAUGAACACACACCUCGCUGAGGUUUCCAGGCAACACACAGACAAACUGAACACCCAGGUGGCCUUACAUCAGCUCUACCAGUACGCCAGCAAGUACUACGACGUGAUCAUCCAGUCACUGGACGAGGAUCCAGCAGCCCAGAAUAAACAGCUCACCCUCCGCCUCCAACAGAUCGCCGCCGCCCUGGAGAACAAAGUCACCGACCUCUGACCUUUAACCUCACGGAGGGGGGUCAAUGGUAGGAGCUAAUGGAGCUACUAAAACACACGAUGACGUUUUCCCAUUUUAAAAGGACUUUUAAAAAAAAAAAAAGGAGGACGAGCUUUACAAGACUUUUUCCGAAAUGUUUUGACCGUGUACGGACUGAAGCGGGAGGAGGAGGCUUAAGUGGAGACACAGGAAGCUGUUGACCAUAUAAGGACUGAAAAGAAAGAAAGAAAGGAGGGAGGAGUUAUGGGACUCCAAAGAAAAGGUGUUGACGAGUGGAGAUUUUUUUUUGGGACAAUUGAAGUGUUGAAAGUAAGAGUGGUGGAAACUGAAGCGCUCGUUUAUGGAAAGGCAUACUUCCACUUGGCAUCCCAAAGAAAACACCAAGGGGAGGGGGAUGCAAAAUGGUGCGUAACAAUGGGAGAUAUCACUCUGUAAAAUCAAAGGGUUUAUGUUUUUGUUUUCUUUUUCAGUGGCUGUUCAGUUUGUGUACUCGGACCUAAAGCUGGACAAUGUUUAUCUGUGUUUGGCCUCCGCUUCACCACAAAGUUUAAUUUUAAUCAUGUAAGAACUGAAGGAAGGAAGUACCACGCAAGGAAUGGAGUUUUUUUUUUUGGAUAAUUGAAGUAGUAAGACCUUACCAUUACCAAAUAUCGUCCUUCCUUUUUAAUUUUGCCACUUGGAUAGGAAGAACAGCAGCUUCGGGACGCUUCGUGACCACUUUUUUCUUUUUUCUCGUAUUACAGCAAAGUCUAUUAACUGUGAGGUGAAUUUGGCUCUUUUUUUUUUUUUUUGCUGAUCUGAGGUCAGUUUUUUUCUGUUUUCAUGCAGGAAAUCUGAUCUCAAGUCAGCAACAGAGAACAGGUUCAUUCGUAAAGCUGCUUGGUAGAACUUUUACUUUUUUUUGGUCUUUUUUUAAGUAAGUAAUUAAGUAAGUGAGCUUACAUUUAAUCAACCAAUGAAAGCCCACUAUGGUACACACCACUGGCCAAUCAAGGGGUCUUGGUUCGGUCGAUUGGGAGUGAAUUCAGGGUACGAUAAGUUUUGAGUUUUCUCUCCAAAAAAAAAUCAAACAGCAACACGAACUUUGUCUUUGUAUCAUGGCCGAAAUGUUUUAUUAGCGCUGCAAAUAUGUGUUUCUACGCCGAUGACAUUGUGCUGUUUACUCGAAUCAAUACAUUCACUCUGUUUAGUCUGCGGUUCAAUCUAGUAUUAUAAUCUUUACAUUCACAUAUACAACAUGAUUUUUAUCUUUUUAAUGGACUGAUUAGUGACACUUGUUUUUUUCUGUUGUUGUAAAGUGUUAAUUAGAGGUGGAUCCAUGAUGUCAUAUCCUGUGUGUGUGUGUGUGUGCGUGUGUUUGAGAGAGAGAGCGUGUGUGUGUUCAUGCCCUGCAGUUUUAAACACCACUCUGUCUGGACCAGCUUGUUUUUUUACACCCUGUGGAAAAAUCAUGAUCUUGCCUAAUCGUGUGCUCUAAACAGCCAAACUUUUUAUUUUUAUUUCACAGUGUGAUUUGUUUUUAUAAUUUGUGUAAUUUUACUUUUUUUUUUUUUUUUUUUGCAAUAUUCCUUUCAAUGUAGUGCAGCAUUGUUGUUGUUUUUUUGUUUCUAUCUUACUCCGUUUAACUGCACACAAUAGCGGAAAUGAGUCAAGUGUCUUCUGAAGACAAUGGAUCCUUCAAAAAGGCUUAAAAUAAAUCUAAAAUUAAGGUGUUCAAACGUUUUUAAAGGUCUAUCUCUUCCAUCAUUAUUAUUAUUAUCCCUGUGCAAUAUUCAUCUUAUCAGCUUUACAACAUACAUUUUACUUUAUUUCUCAGUAUCAAUACAAACUGAAUCUUCUGAAGCAGUUAGUUGUUACGGUGUCCUCCUUUAUUUUGCACAAAAAUAUAAAAAAGGUACCUACACAUCGCUCAUUAUCUCAUUAAACCUUGUUCCAAAUUUUGUAAUUCUACAUGUUUUUACCUUAAAUUAUCUCCAGUUUUUUAUAUUUUUGUGCAGAUUAUUGUUACCAAUCCUCUCUGCCUUAGUUGCCCCAGUUAAUGGUAAAUGUUAAUACGGUUUGUUUAAUAAGAAAUACAUUGGUUUAAAUUUGUUUUUGAAACUCAGUCCAAACUUCGUCAGAGACUUGGCAGGAAAGAUGCAAAACAUAUAUAUAUUAAAUGCAUCAAAAAGAAAGUAAAAGAAGUGAGGAAAGAAAUGUUGGCAUGAAAAAGGACAUUUUACAUAAACAACAUGAUUAAUUAUACGAUCAACCGCUCAAGAAAGUGAUUUGUGGACCAAGUUACGAGAAGAUCUGCAGCCGUCUUUGGGAUUUGUUAAGUGCUGUUAUUCCACUGAAGUAUAAAUGUACUCAUUUAUCUUCGCUUGUGCUACGUAUUAAUCAUUGUCACCAUUGUGUGUGUAUAUAUAUAAAUAUAUGUGCAUCAUG